UACCCGACCGUCACAUAGGCUGCCCUGAACGGGUACUAUUAGUAUGUACAUAUCAUGUAAGUACAUAACAAGCAACAAAGUUAGUAAGUACCUUCGCAACGCCUUAUUAUUAGGGAUAACUUUUUUCGAUAACUCAAAAACGGCUUAACUAGUCCUGUACCCCUAGUGUAAAUUUAUUCGAUGGCGCAACGUGACGUACGCGUUUGCGUUAAGUCACAUUUUGUAUGGGAUUUUGAGUUUCCAAAACGUUCCGCUCGGCGCGCUGUUUCUAAAUCCCAUACUAAAUGAGACUUAACGCAAACGCGUACGUCACGUUACGAAAUCGAAUAAAUUUACACUAGGGGCUCUGAUCGCUAUAGUUUUCAUUGAAACUUUUUAUUAGCCUCUACAUUCACGAUUUUUCACGAAACUAUUCAUUUUAUGACAAAAUAAUUGCUAAUGACUCGUAUUCGAUUUGAAAGACCAACCCCAUACCAUAGCGUUAAGGCGAAAAAAAAACAUCGUUCCCACUUUUAUUACAUUCUGAAUAAACUUGUAUCCAGAAUUAUAGUAUAGUGACCACCGUUUAAAAUAAUUAUAGUUAAUUUAUUGGGUAUGUAAAACUGUUACUGAGACGGAGAGUUGUUAUCGAGAUUUAAAAUACUUAUAUGAAUGAAUACAUAUUAAUAGCAUUUUAUUCUGGACUCGAGACAAGUAGCAGGUAGAAUUAAUUCGAAUUCCUAAUUAAUUAGUAAAUCAAGCAAUUUCAAUGUUUUUGUUACAUUCCCUUAUUCAAAAUUAAAUUACAAUCUAAUUGUAAGAUUUAAGCUCCGCUCAAGUAUCAAGUUCUAUUAAGCGUCCUACGUCUACCAGCACUUUGGCCUGGUCGUUUAUGUACGGAAUGAUCUACAAACUUCAUGCCCAGCGUUUCAAUUUGAACCUUAUCACGUUGUUAUAAAGUCGACAUUCUUGUGGCAGUUAGUACUUUUUUUAUCACAUUAUAGCUUUAGACGAUUCCUAUUGGUUGAAACGUUGCGAGUGAAACUGAACGCCAUUCCGCGCCCAGCGACCACCGCGAGCGGGUGUAUAAUAAGUUCUCACGAAAUAAUAUUUUACAGGAAUUUACUUAAAAUAAUGAAACGUUGCUGCGCGUACGGUUGCAAAGCAAAAAGCGGUCCCGGGACCAGAUUCUUCAAUUUCCCCGCGUGUAAGGAACGAUCGAAAGAAUGGUUACGAGCUCUAAAUCGCCUAGACAUCCUCGCCGACCUGAAUGAAGACAGACGCAACCUGCUGAAUUUCUACUAUGUCUGCGGAGCACACAUCUCCAAACGCAACAAGGACACGGGUAUUCCUGUCCUUCACAUUGUAAGCAAAGGUACAUGUACAGAUCAAAACACUAAUACUGAGGAGAAAGGCACUUCAACGGCAGAUCUGAUACGGAAUCAACCAAGCAAAGGCACGUCGACAUCAGACCUGAUGUUACGGAAACUAAGCAGAACAUCUAUAGACAUUAUUGACAUACAACCUACAGCUUACGACGGCCCCACACAGCAUAAUGUGGCUUCUAAUCGUCUCUUAAACAAACCUGCACCUCCAAUGGUUUCAAGUAAUAAGCCUCGCACCGGAUACAAAGCAGCAGGCGAUAUUUAUAAAAAAUCUGCAAAGCCCGUUGAAACACCCCAAACCUGUCCUAAACUAAGGACUUUUAGAAAGAAUACACCCACGUUACCAACGAUAGCUGUUCCGAAACUGCAAACGGAUAUACCUGCAACAAGUCAAUCGCCAAAUGUACAAUGUGAUAACAGAAAUAUCAGUGAAAGUAACAAGACAGAAAUAAAAACUGAAGAGAACACUCUAGUCCUGGAUGAUAUUGUAAUGGCUUUAUCAGAACGCCAAAGAAAUGGGCAGGAUUUGGAAUCAUCUAUGGACGGACGUAAAAUAACGUUUAAAGUUAAAAUGAGUUUGCCAUAUUUCUCUGUAGAAGAGGCCACAACGUCAGGCACCAUUAAACGUGAACUUGAUGACGAUGAAAUUGAAGAAAAUGUUAACAUAACAGAAAAGAGAACUAAACCAGGAUAAUUUGAAGAGAAUCAAAAUGUAAACAAAACAAUUGAUUGUGAUAUUUCUUUAGAUAGGUAGUUGAUAAUAUAUUCCGCAAAUGUUCAUCAAUAAGAAAAUAAAGGUUGUUAUUAGCAAACGAAUGUGCCAAAAAGUCCAAAUAAUUAGUAAUGAUUUUUAUAAUAAAUAAUUUUAUAAUAAACUUUUAUUUCCCGCAAAGUUAUUAAUUAGCGUGGGCAAAAAAACCUCUGAAGCUGUUCGAAACAUGUUUUUUGCCGAAACCGAAGAUUCGGCUGUGGCUCUAGUUUCGGCCGAAAUCGAAGCUUUUGUAGAUUUGUUAAAAUCGUUGAAAAAAAAUCAUAAAACCGCUUUAAAACACUUAUUAAGACUGCGUCGACUGGCCCUAAGGGAAUUGUUUUCCAAUAAACCAAUUAAUUUCUGUAGGUAAUACAUAAAUCAGUACCUAUAUUAAAUAUUGUUACCCAACUUUAUUUAUAAGAAUGUUUACAUGUAACUAAGAAAAUAUUUUUAUAUUACACUUAUACAUAAAAAAUAAAAUACAUCCAAAAAUC